GCGGGGCGAACAGCACCGGUGCCGCUGGACAGCGCCGGCGGCUCCGAGGCAGCGCGGCCCCGGUACCCGCGGGGCGUCCGCGGCGGCCCCGGCGGGCGGGGGGAGGCGGCCGGACCGCGCCUCCGCGGCGGCGGCGCGCCGAGGUCGGUCCCGAGGGCGAGGGCAGGCUGCUGUCCUGAUGGCAGUCGCUGCCGCCGAGGCUCAGGAUCUGGCCCUCCUGCCCCCUGGGAGAGGGCUUGCCCACAGAGCUGAAAGGGAGCGGCACGGGAUUUUUCAUUCCUCCCCCCGCCACUGCGCCGGCGGACGGUGCUUCCUCUGCAGUUCUGAGGAGAGAAAACUCGGCAGAAAAAAAGGGGGAGGAAGAAAGGCAGGAGGGAAAGGGGAGAAAGUUUGUUGACUUGCAGAGAGGUGAAGCUUUCCAGUGAUUCCCACUGCACUUUGCACUGGAGACCUCCAGUCUGCCUGAAGCUGGAGGAUGGAGGCAGAGCUGCCACCUGAGCUCGUAGCAUUGCCCCUCGCGGGGAAUGGGAGCACCCAGCUGGUGCCAGAUACAGCCCUGCUGCCCCCGGCGCAGGGCACGGCCAUGUUCACCGUCCACUGUGUGAUCCCUUCGCUUUACCUGCUCAUCAUCACUGUGGGCUUGCUGGGAAACAUCACCCUCAUGAAGAUCUUCAUCUCCAACAGUGCCAUGAGGAGCGUGCCCAACAUCUUCAUCUCCAGCCUCGCCGCCGGCGAUCUGCUGCUUCUAGUGACCUGUGUGCCUGUGGACGCCUCCCGGUAUUUCUCUGAGGAGUGGCUUUUUGGGGAGGUGGGCUGCAAACUUAUCCCUGCCAUCCAGCUCACCUCCGUUGGUGUCUCUGUCUUCACCCUCACUGCCCUCAGUGCUGACAGGUACAAAGCAAUUGUAAAUCCCAUGGACAUCCAGACCUCCAGUGCAGUGCUAUGGACCUGUGUUAAAGCCAUUGCCAUCUGGGUAAUGUCCAUGCUCCUAGCAGUUCCUGAAGUGGUGUUCUCCCAGCUGGCCCACAUCAAUGACACGAAUAAUGCCACUUUCACAGCGUGCAUACCAUACCCCAUGACAGAUGAUAUGCACCCGAAGAUCCAUUCUGUGCUGAUUUUCCUUGUGUAUUUCCUUAUCCCUCUUGCCAUUAUCACUAUCUACUACUAUCAUAUUGCGAAGAGUUUAAUAACAAGUGCUCACAACAUCCCUGGAGAAUACAGUGAGCAUUCAAAAAGACAGAUGGAAACUCGGAAACGCCUGGCAAAAAUUGUUCUAGUUUUUGUUGGCCUCUUUGCUAUCUGCUGGUUUCCUAACCAUGUGCUCUACAUGUACCGAUCUUUUAAUUACAAUGAGAUUGAUCCAUCGACAGGACAUAUGGUUGUUACCUUAGUGGCCCGAGUGCUAAGCUUCUGCAACUCUUGUGUCAACCCGUUUGCACUGUAUUUUCUCAGUGAGAGUUUUAGAAGACAUUUCAACAACCAGCUUCGCUGCAGGAGGAAAGCUCAGCAAGAGAGAUCUGCCAGCUACUUGCGCAACUCUUCCGCCAUUCAAAUGACUUCCCUGAAAAGCAAUACCAGGAACACAGUGACUAGCAUGACACAACUGAAUGGGCACAACUUGAAACAAGAAAUGUCAUUAUGAUUUAAUAGGUGUGAUUUUUGACUGUGGAACAAAUUUGAACUUUUUCUUUGCAGUUUGUAACUCACUUUUGGUUCUCAUAUCCUUAGACCGUCUGAGUCCUCAGCGCAGAGGAUAUGUUAAAGUCUGGCCGAUCUGAGGUUAUUUCACACCUAGUCUUACUUUUAGACAGAAGUGAAGAGUACGUUUUAUUGAGAAAAUAAAACUGGCUGGCUUCAUAUUGUACU